UAAGUGAUUAUCAUGCUUGUAUCAUAACUCGAUAUCAAUUUUGCAUUCAAUCCCAUUUUGCAGGUGGAAUGGGAGCCGUAUGGAAAAGGAGAGAGUUUUGAUAACCCUAUAGAUUUCAGGCUGAAUCCGAUGUGCACUAGGGAUAGGGAUCUCUGGCAUAUGCGGUGCCCACUGAUAUGCAACUGGGCGGUUGAGCUUCACCUGCCACAUCGGGUGUUCCGCCAGUUUGGUUUGUUCCAGCCACACCCGCCGGAGUGGGAGGACACGGACAAGUUGCUACACGCGUUGGAUAGGAAAAAGCAGCGGAAGAUCAAGGAUUGGGCCAAGCAUCACAGGAAGUAUGUCGUGCAGUUCGCUCUUAGUGUGGAGCAAGCAAGGGCUGGAAAACGAGCCCAGCUUCGUCAGCACUGCCCGAUCGCGUUCAACAACUAUCUCACAUGGUUUCUUGCAAGUACCCGCGUGGAGGUAUGCCAGCCGGCGUAUGCUGAGGAGAUUCUGGAAGAACCCACCGUUUUUGAUGAGGUAGCCCAGCACCAGUACAACGCAUUAGUCAGGAAAGGCAACUCAGUGAUCCCUUCAGCUCCAAUGAUGAACUUUGUGGCUAGCCCUUUUUGCUUUUCCAUUCGCACUAUUCACAUCUUCACUUGCCUAACACUUUGAUACCGUUUCUGUUCAUAGCGUGCCCAGAUCAAGAAAGCAGCUGAUGAGACCGAGACUAUUCUGAAAACAACCCCGGCUGGCAAAAGCGAUGGGGAAGGUGCACUUCGAGCACUCAUUAAGGUUCACAUCUCCUUCAAACUAGCACUUAACAUUUGUUGCUACGUUCCAUGUCUCAUUCAAUUGUACAUGUUGCAGCGCCAGGGCCAAAAGUUAAGGCGGCUAUCAAACCUUUUCGGUUGUCGUGACCCCGAGUAUGUAUCACCAGAACGGUCUAGGUCGGCGACACCAUCAGAUCCCGCUUCGGGGCA